UUCUUGCGUCUGCUGUUGUCGUUGAUAGAUCUUAUAACUCGAGAUGCGCUGCCAGUUGAUCCUCCUCGUUCAGUCCUUGCCUUCGUAACACGAACAAACAACUACAACUUGUCGCACAACAUAUUCCCCUACUCUCUUACUGUCCUCUUCUCCAGAGUAUGGCCCAUACUGCCGUUGCCAACACUCGAACAAGACCUGUCUCCUCCACCGUUGUUACACAACACGACAAGUACGCCAUCGACAACAUGACACGAUCAGCUUCCGCAGAGCCUACGAAGCCCACCAAGCGCAAGGGUACCAGAAGCGUUUCGACUUUGACGCCCUCCCAGCUGGCACGCAAGCGUGCCAAUGACAGAGAAGCUCAGCGCGCUAUCCGAGCCAGGACGAAGGAGCACAUUGAGAGACUCGAGCGAGAGCUCGAGGAGCUCAAGAGCGAACGUGGCCGCGACCAAAGUCAGACCGUCCAGGAGCUUUUGCGCAAGAACAAGGCCCUUGAAGAGGAACUGUUCAAGCUCCGCGAGAGCAUGGGCGUUCCUAACGGGCAGUCCUACCCAAAUUCAGGUAUGGCUGCCUCCUCACUCGCCUCGUCUUCUGCGUGGUUGCCUCUUGUUCGUGCUGACUCGGCUCCAGUAUACGACGACAAUCUCAGCUCAAUCAGCGGUGCCGUCCCAAGCCCUCGAUCUUCGCCCUUCCCUUCCAACGGCGACUACAACGUGAUGCAAGAACUCGGCCCCUCUUACGUGCCCAUGCCCGAUGCAUCAGAGUCAUGGGGCCCCGGCAUUCCCGUUUCCGUACCCUCCACCGUCUCAAGCCCGUCAUCCUCUGCCAACACGGACGAGUACGGCGCUGGCUACAUCCCCACGAGCGUCCCCGCGCCGAUGAUGGACGCUCGAAGCAUCCCGGCCAAAAUGGACUACGACGACGUUGAUUCUGUCCCUAGACGCUGGAUACCCUCACAACCACUCAAUGGGUCACCAUCAACAGGUGCCCAUGUCUCAUCAUCAGUCGUAUCUUCAUCACCAGCAGUCGUGGAACUCAUACCCAACUCCGGUGUACUAUCAACAACCGUCGGCUCACUGAUCCGCCAGCCCGGCACCGCCCUCUGGGAGAUUCCGACGCUCAUCGUCCCGCCUACAUGUCGGAUCGACCAGCUCCUAGUCGGCUUCAUCCAGGACUGCCGUCGACUGGCCCAACUGAAACCCCUCGACACGCUCCUGCGGCCUGCCAGGGUCAACGUGAAGAACUUCCUCGAGUACCACCCGGCCUCACCCACAACAGAACCUCCUCGGUGUCAGCUAGCCGACCUUGACCGAGCCGCCUCCUCCACGGUCACUGGGCCCGGGGUCAAUCACCCUAUCGCCGAGCUCAUUACUGCCCUCGUCAACAAGGGGGGCGUUACAAACGUCAUUGAGCGCCUCGCAGUCUUUGCCGUCAUUCAAAGAGCCGUCGCCUGGCUGGUGCAUCCAACGCGAGAAGCGUAUGCGGCCAUUAUGCCGGAACUCACUCCAAAGCCUUGCCAAAACCGCAUCCCGCAUCCCCAAUGGGUCGACCUCGUACUAUGGCCUCCGCUGCGCACCACAAUCAUCGAGCGGCAGGAGGUGUACGCCAAUGAAGAGUUCCAGUCCGUCUACUCGGCAAGCUUGAGACUCAUCAACUGGCCGUGCCGACCCAUUGACGCCCUGGUAGUAGACCCACAAUCCGGGGAGAUGUGGCUGAGCGACACGUUUACUGCCCACGCAAUGCGCGUCGAAAACUGGCGCCUCAAUGAGAACUUUGUUCGACGAUACCCCGAACUUCGCGGCUGUGUUGCCGUCGAAGGAUCCUGA